AGACUCACCUUAUAUCCGAGGGAAUGUAUCGCGUAAGGUCGCGUGUGUCAUCAGAGCUAAUAGCGAUUAAAGAUUUUUUUGCAAUGGACCCUGCUGACCACGAUGAUGGUCUCGUGGGGUAACAUGCGAUCCUAUAUAAAAGCACGACGCGCUGGUCGCUUUGACGUAUUCAUAACUGAGGAAGCCAGCAGUGUCGUAGACGAUCGUUACGACAACGACAACGACAACGACAACGACAACGACGACGACGACGACGCAGUUAUGAGGUUACUCCUACUCCUGAGCGCGACGAGCCUGGCAAUCGGCAAAUCCCAGUUGAUAUCAUCGUACAACUACCAUGGACCAUGGGCGCCUCUUUCCAGCGACGGCACGGUCGUAGACACACCCGAGGUCAACCAAGCGAAAGCCGCGCAUUUGGCCACAUAUGCAGCUACAGCUGCCAAACUCGCGGACAGCCGAAACGAAAUGUCGUCAACCACGAGAUCGGCCACAACGACCGAAGAACCGUCGAGAGACGCCGUCAUUGUAACAACUCGAGAGAUGACGGGUGUGACCCUUGUGACGCAACCGCCUGACAAUCAAGGCUCCACGGCGCCUCUUGGGCAGGAUGGACAGGUGGUCGACACGCCGGAGGUCGCCGUGGCCAAGGCCAAGCACCUGGUGACACACGCACGCGCGGCUGCGACGGCAAGUGCGGGCUACGAAUUGGACGCCCACGGGCACGCAUACGGCAAUCUGCUCUAUCUGACGCCGCUCCGCUUGGUACCGCCGAUCGCUUAUCAGGGGCCACCUGCUCCGCUGAGCCCGGACGGACAGGUCGUCGACACGCCGGAAGUGACGGUGGCCCGCGCGGCUCACGCGAAGGCUCACGCGCGCGCCGUCGCGCUCACAGCCAACUGCGACAUUUACUGUUGAUCGAGUUUAUCGCGACCGAUAUUCUCCGAUAUUUGAUAUCAAUUAAUGUUAUUGCACUCGAUGAUAAUUGCUGUGUCUAUCGUAUCAUUGUACUUGUAUUUAUCGCGCUUAAUGUAUCCGAUGCGUAUUUAUUGUAUUUAUUGUAUUUAAUAUGAAUUAAUUUUAUCGUAUUUAAUAAUAACUACCGAUCGACAGGCAGGAGUU